AUGCAACACCCGGGUCGCGCUGACUUUGAGCAACUGUCGCGGUGUGUGUUCUUCAGUGCGCGCGUGUUUACAUUCGGGGAGCCCUUCGAUUCACCCGCUCCGCCCUUUUCUUCAGUGCUUUUUCCCUUCGGUGCGCCCCAUGUUCCAAGCGUAUCGCUUCUCAUCGGUGUGCUCAGUGGUUGUGUGGUAGUCGUGCGCCGCUGCUGUCCUACCGUUUCCUUUGUUCCACCUCGUGGAGGAGGCUGUGCGUUCGGUCCCUUCGGGGGGGGGGGGGGAGGGGAGCGUAACGCAUUUGCGUGUCCCACAUCGGGGGGAGGCAUGGCAAUAUUUGAUUCAAUCAUAGAUAUUCCUAGCCUGCAAAACCCUCGCCUCAUUUGGGGGUGGGUAGAAACCCAUGGGUGGCGGGCGCCUUCCGGUCAUGGCAACCAAUUGUCCCUCGCAAUGUCACGGACAGAACCCGGUUGCCAUCCUUGA